GAAUUUUUCCUAUCCUAUGAAGUUGUGAAAAUAACAAAUUUCUUAAUUAACAAUUCACCAAGUUUUCUGCUUCCUACCCUUCAUCAUCCAUUAGUCCAACUCCACCCUAGAAAAAACAUGAGCGUGGAACUUCCCCUGGUGGAAUUGCUCUCCUGCUUCUGGACAUGCAUCACAGAACAUGGAGGUUAUAUUUGUUACGGCGAAGAUCUCCACACUUUGCAAUCUAACAAGAUGGAAAUGCUGCGGCAGCUAAGGGACCAUUUGAAGAGAAGAGAGGAGACAGGUGACAGACUAAACGAGAUGGUGCAGCAUUGGUUUUCAAAGGUUGAAAUUGUCGAAACUAAUACUUUUGAACUGGUGGCUCGGGGCUCUCAAGAACUUGAAAACAACUGCCUUGGAAGCUGCUGUCCCAGGAAUUGCUGGUCCAGGCACAAGAUUGGAAGAAAAAUUCAGAGCACGUUGGCAGAAGCGGCUGCAAUAUACGACGAAGGAGAACAGUUAUUGGCUACACCUAUGGAAACAAUAUUAGGUAAGCUCCGGAGCUACAUUGGGAAAGAUGAAGUAGGACGCAUUGGCAUAUAUGGCAAAGGAGGUAUAGGCAAGACUACUGUCAUGAAUGAAAUUAGCAGUAACCUGCUCUCGGAGCACCAAUUUGACUACAUCAUAUGGGUCGUGGUGUCCCAGGAUCCUAACCUUGAAAAAAUCCAAGGUGAUGUUGGGAAGGAAGUGGGAUUUCUUGAAGAGAGAUGGAAAGGCAAAAACCAAGAAGACAGAGCCAAAGAGAUCUCUGAUAUUUUGAGCCACAAGAGGUUUCUAUUUUUGUUGGAUGAUAUCUGGAAGCCAGUUGAUCUAACUGAAGUGGGAGUUCCGCUUCCGGAUAGAGAGAAUGGCUCCAAGAUAAUAUUCACAACUCGUUCAGAGGAGGUCUGCAACCAAAUGGGUGCUGAAGAGAAGGUUAAAGUCGUCCGAUUAACAGAGAAGAAAUCUCUGGAAUUGUUUCAACAGAAUGUUGGGGAAGACACACUUCGAAUUGAUCAGCAGAUCCGUAAGCUAGCUGAAACCAUUGCCAAAAUGUGCGAUGGUUUGCCACUUGCACUUAUAACCGUUGGCCAGGCUAUGGCUUCCAAGAAGACGCUCCAAGAAUGGAAUCAUUCAUUUGAGGUCUUAAGCAAAUCUGUCUCAGAAAUUUCAGGUGCUAAAGAUCCAUUCUUUGCUUUGCUAAAGUUCAGUUAUGACAGUCUACCCAGUGAUGCAAUUAAAUCCUGCUUCUUGUAUUGUAGUUUGUUUCCAGAAGACUUUAGCAUAAGCAAAUUUAACCUGAUAGAUUACUGGAUCGGGGAGGGAUUUUUGGAUGAAUUUAAUGAUCCAAGUGGCGCACGAAAUGAAGGCAAGAAAGUUAUCAGAACUCUAGUUCGUGCUCUUUUACUGCAGGAUGACGGCGAAGAUGUGAAAAUGCACGAUUUGAUUCGUGAGGUUGGCUUAUGGAUAGCAUGCGAAUGUGGGAAGCUCCAGGACAAGUAUUUGGUGGAGGCAGGAGCUAAUUUAAUCGAAGCACCAGAGAUCGGUAGAUGGGAAAGGGCUAGAAGAAUGUCGUUAAUGUCAAAUCGUAUUCAGAGCCUAACAAAAGCACCUAGAUGCAAUGAUCUUUCAACUUUGUUCCUUGGAAAUAAUCAUUUGAAGAUAAUUGGUAAUGCUUUCUUUCAGUUUAUGCCUUCUCUGAAAGUUUUGGACCUGUCUGGAAAUAGAGAACUAACCGAAUUGCCAUCAGGAAUUCUGAAAAUAUUUUCUUUACAAUAUCUGAAUCUGUCCAGUACAGGCAUAAGACAGCUGCCAGUUGAGCUAAGGAACUUGGUAAAGCUGAAAUGUUUGAACUUGGAGUAUACUUAUGAACUCCAAACGAUCCCAACGCGAGUUAUUUCUGGCUUUUUAAAACUGAAGGUACUGAGAAUGAUUCACUGUGCUUCUUCGGAUCGAACUGUUGGAGAUGGUAUACAGACGGGUGGUCAUCAAUCCUUUGUAAUGGUGUUGCAGCAGCUGGAACACCUGAAUGAGCUAACUCUGAGCAUAACAAGCGAGUAUUCUCUCGAAGUCUUUAGGAGCUGGGACAAGUUUCAGACCUGCACGCUAGCUCUAUCCCUCCAUCAUUUCAAGCACUCAAGGUCAUAUAUCGACAUAUCAUUUCUUGAUGGCAUGAAAUGUCUGGCUGACCUUGAAUUCAUUAAUUGCAUAAAUUUGAAAGAGCUAAGAAUUGAGGAGUCAUUAAUCAUGAGGGGAGGAAGCUUCAAUAGCCUUCGCAAAGUUUCCCUAGUCAGUUGCUCAAAACUAGAAGACUUGACAUGGCUAACUCUUGCUCCAAACCUCGAGUUUCUCAUGGUAUCAAGAUGCUUCAACAUGGAAGAGAUAAUCUGCAAAGGGAAGUUGGUUGAAGGAAAUUUCAACUCAUUUGGAAAACUUGAAAUUCUACGCUUAGUUUCUCUGCCAAAAUUGAAGAGCAUCUAUCCAAUUGCCCUGCCUUUCCAAUGUCUGAAAGAAAUAGUUGUCGAUGAAUGUCCAAAGCUGAAGAAGCUUCCACUUAAUUCUAACAGUGCCAAGGAACAUAGAAUUGUCAUUCAAGGAUGGGAAGGCUGGUGGAAAAAUCUAGAAUGGGAGAAUGAAACCACCAGAAAUACUUUCCUUCUUUCUUUCAAAUCCUGUAUGUAUUGAAUUUACCUUCUGAGUGGCAACAACAACAGCCAAUAGGUGGCUUAGCGAUUUAUUAGCUGAGGGUCUUACAGAUGAAGAUGUGUUUCCUUUCUACACAGUCGUUUGUCUCCUUUUUGUUUUUUGAUCAGUUUCUGGGUCAUGUUUUUAGUUUAUGUAUUCCAUUCUGUAUCUAUGAGUGUUUGUUUACUUAACAUUUCAAAGCCAUAAGUUAGGUUUAUUAGUAAGGGUUUUAGAUUGGUUUGAUUUAUUAAGUUAUAAAUAAAUAAAAUUUCGAUUUAUAAGAAAAAACAAAG